GCUACGAUUUCAACUUAACCACACUGGCGAAUAGGAGAAUUCGCAAAGUUGGUUGAAAAGGGAAUCUUGCCACUAAAUCACUUUCUAACCGGGACUGGGAUAUUAAAUAUACGACAGAUUCAGGAGUUUAUUGGAGCGCAGCCUGAUGGCGCAAAGGUACGAUGAGCUGGCCCAUUACGGUGGGAUGGACGGAGUCCCGGCGUCGAUGUACGGGGACCCGCAUGGUCCCCGGCCGCUUCCCCAGGUCCACCACCUGAACCACGGACCGCCGCUGCACGCCAGCCAGCACUACGGAGCACACGCUCCUCACCCAAACGUUAUGCCCACCAGUAUGGGCUCUGCUGUCAACGACGUUUUAAAGAGGGAUAAAGAUCAAAUUUAUGGUCACCCUUUAUUCCCACUGCUCGCACUGGUUUUUGAGAAGUGCGAGUUGGCGACGUGUACUCCGAGGGAGCCCGGCGUAGCAGGCGGCGAUGUCUGUUCCUCAGACUCCUUCAAUGAGGACAUUGCAGUCUUUGCCAAACAGGUCCGAGCAGAAAAACCUUUAUUUUCAUCAAAUCCAGAGUUGGAUAAUUUGAUGAUACAAGCCAUACAAGUAUUACGAUUUCACCUCUUGGAAUUAGAAAAGGUGCAUGAGCUCUGCGACAAUUUUUGCCACCGGUACAUCAGUUGUUUGAAAGGAAAAAUGCCAAUAGAUCUAGUUAUUGACGAACGGGAUGGCAACUCAAAAUCAGACCACGAAGAACUCUCGGGAUCGUCGACUAACCUUGCAGAUCAUAACCCAGCUUCCUGGAGAGACCAUGAUGACGCCACUUCCACACACUCAGCCGGCACACCGGGGCCCUCCAGCGGGGGACACGCUUCACAAAGCGGUGACAACAGCAGUGAACAAGAUGGCUUAGACAACAGCGUUGCAUCGCCUGGCACAGGGGAUGAUGAUGAUCCAGACAAGGAUAAGAAGAGGCAGAAAAAGCGUGGCAUUUUCCCCAAGGUGGCCACUAACAUCAUGAGGGCAUGGCUGUUCCAGCAUCUCACGCACCCAUACCCUUCUGAAGAGCAGAAGAAGCAGCUAGCCCAAGAUACAGGACUAACCAUCUUACAAGUAAACAACUGGUUCAUUAAUGCCAGGAGAAGAAUAGUACAGCCCAUGAUUGACCAGUCAAAUCGAGCAGGUUUUCUUCUUGAUCCUUCAGUGAGCCAAGGAGCAGCAUACAGUCCAGAGGGCCAGCCAAUGGGCAGCUUUGUGCUGGACGGUCAGCAACACAUGGGGAUCCGACCAGCUGGGCCUAUGAGUGGAAUGGGGAUGAAUAUGGGCAUGGAUGGGCAAUGGCACUACAUGUAACCUUCAACUUGUAAAGCAAAACGCAAAGAAAAAGGGGGAAGUCUGCCAGGCAUGCCAGGGGAAUAUGUACCUCAGAGCGGUCCUAUGGGCAUGAGCAUGGCCCCAACCACUUACACCAACCCUCAUCAGAUGACCUCUCACCCUUCCCAUCUCCGACACGGACCCCCUCUCCACGCG